UGACACACACACGUAUAUGUACAUGUACAUGUAUUGAUGUACGUCAGUACGUACGUGGUUGCGCAAACCGUUUUCUGCAGCCUAGGCACAGAGUAAAGAAACAUGCUGCAAGCAAGGUACACUGUUAAAGGUUCAAUGGAAUAAACAGUCACCUGUUGAUAUUGUUGGAGCAAUACUGACUGAUAUUUUACCGCGCUGAGAUUCUCACUCAAUUUACAACAUGUAAGACAGUUAUUACAUAAGACAAGCUAGAACAGAUAGCGACUGGACAAAUGCAAUCUCCAACAUGUGAGCUGCUCAAGAAAAGAAAAUUUAAACAAAAAUUGAAAAGGCAACGGCUUGAGCAACAUGGCUUCCGCUGGUGAGCAGCGCCCUCUGACAGAUCGUCUGGAAAACGUACUCCAGGGGUUUAUCCCCGGACUGGCGACAAUGGAGGACCCGGCCCGCCCUGUUGCUGUGGGGCAGGGACGGGAUGCGAUAAUCAUUGACAUGCCGGCCGCAACGAGCCCUGCAGAGGAGAACAGGAACGGGGCCGGCAGUCCCAGUGAGGGGGCCAGUGCUGAAGGUGGGGAUGGGGACAACGGGGAGAGGCCAGGGGGUAUCCCUGAUGGACACUUGAGGGCGCUCCGACCGCUGAUGGAACGCACCCUUCCGUUUGUGCUGAUCUUGCUGUUGAAAAUCCUGUAUGACCAUAGGCUGGGUGUACUGGUUCUCAUCGGAAUGGGAGCAGCCUUUUUCCAUUUCAACAGCAAAAUCAAAGAACAGAUUGCUCAGAGGGACAAGCGGAGCUUGAGGUCACUGCUGUUCAUGUUUCUCCUGCUACCUGUAAAUGUCGUCUUGGUCUACUAUGUUUUUGCAGAUCAGCAGCUGCCCAAAUGUUUGAUAUUCCUAAAACCCAACUUUGAGAAAACAGAUUUCUGGACCCUGCUGUGGGUCAUCGGAAUCACUGAUUAUGUCAUCAAGUAUAUCACCAUGGCAACCAAGUGUUUGGUCACUGCUCUUCCAAGAGUUUGCCUGAGCUUCAAAAGAAGGGGUCGACUCUUCCUGUGCAUCGAAAGCAUCUCUCAGUUUUACCGGUUCCUAACUCCCGUCCCCAUCUGGAUGGCAUUCCUGUCAGAGGGCACCGACUCACACUGGUUAUUCAGCUAUGCGUUGGUCCUUUUAUAUCUCAUGGUCAAGGCCUGUAUAACAUAUUCCAAGAUGUUCGAGUGUUUUGCAACAGUCAGAAAUGUCCUGAAAGAUUCACAAUACGGCAGCAGGCCUAGCAGCGAGCAGAUACAAGUCGUGGGAGAGGCAUGUCCUAUAUGCCAAGAUAACUUCAACAAUCCAGUUGAGCUACACUGCAAGCACAUUUUCUGUGAGGAAUGUGUGACCAUGUGGUUCGAUCGGGAGAGAACAUGCCCUAUGUGUAGGGCCAAGGUGGCCGACAGUCCCCAGUGGCGGGAUGGCUCGACUACAGGCAUCAUCCAGUGGUUCUAGGAUCAGGCUUACUCUAUGCCCGCACAACCAGAUUGACGAAGGCACACUGUGCCGCCUGACGAUUUUGAGGCCACACUUCUACUUGGCCCAAUGGCUCUUUACGAUGUCAUAUUGCUAGAGAUCCAUAGAGGCAGACUGGAAUAAAAUUGGGUAAAAAUGCGACUUACAAAUUCAGGCUCUGUCAACUGCUUGCUGGGUUAUUUUGGAUAUUAACUAGCGACGAAAGGGCUAAACAUCAUUUCCCUGGGCACUGUGAAAUUUUAAAGUUGAGAAGUCAAGCGCAUGCUAUAUAAACAAGCAGCUCGGUGGAGAGAUUGUAAUCUUCAUUCAGAGUUUACCUGUUUAUCACCCAUCGGUUACCAACUAACUUCCCAAGAAUUCCCAUUGUUCAGCAGCUGAAGCAAAUGGAGUGAAAAAGAUUACAGGUUAAAAAAAAUUACUAAAAGUUGGAAGGUCUGAUGUUGUUUCCAUCAAAAUGUUGCUCAGAUUAGCUGUGUAUUCACCCAAUUUCCCCCAUUGCCAAUAGUUUCAUGCUCGGCUUGUCUAACUGUUCAUGCAUACAAUUUGCAUGUGUCAGUGUGUAUAGCAUUCAAGUUGUGUUGGCAGCAGGCUUUGCUCUUUUUCACUGGAACAUCAAUCUCUUUUGUGUUUCGCAAAUACAACCCACUUGCUUUUACAAUUACCUUAAAAAGAGAUAAUCCCUGCUUUCCUAGAUAAAAUAUACCCUGUCUACUGCUCAUUUAGAAGCUCCAUUUUGGAACAUUAGAAUCCAUGGUAUCGUCUAGACUCUCUUGUUUUCCAAAUCAAUAUUGCUAUUUUGGAUUUGGUGGCUUAAACCUGUAACAUUUUCAGAGUUCAGGUUUAUGUAAAUUACGUCAAAGAGUAUUUGCAUAAGCAUGCCUGAUUGGCUGUUCCAUGUAUUUAUGCUUACUUGUUAUGCAGAGUGUACAUGAUCAUGUUUGGAUCAUUAUGGAUGAUCAGAAAUAACUCGUACGUGAUUAUCAUAGAUCGAACUGUGUUUCUACAGAGGUUAAAGCGCCUUGGCCAAUUCAUUCGGGAUUGAGUUCAUUUUGGUUUUCCAUAUUAAGUGAUUAGGAUCAGUCCAAUCACCUGUCGAUUAUGUAUGGGUUCUUUGACCUCCUUUUUCUUGUACAUGGUCUUUUUCCGGUUAAUAAUUGCAACGUUUCAUUGAGGCUCUACAGUGUAUCGACUUCUGAUGUCGUCAUAAUUAAUGUCUCUAGGAAAUGGGGAAAUAUUUAGGACCGAGUCUCAAACUGAUUGUAAUAUUCACUUUUACUUGUCUUCUCUAUUGAAAAUCCAAUUGAACUCAAGCGUAUAUGUACAGCAAAUACAAACAUGUACAGUUAUGAUAAUAAUUCUUACCGUACAGAGCUGACGGGACUAAUACAGUCAGUUUCGUGCAUCAAAAUUACAACUUAACCAGCUUUUAAAAAUUUAAAACGUUUUUUAAUAAACUGUUCAUUUGUGCAUACA